AUGCAAAACCCAUUCCUAGACUUAGAAAACCAGACUAUAAUAGACUCUGAUACGGAUGAACAAGUGGGGGGCGACCCAUCUGACCCAUCUGAUUUUCAUUUGAAACCAUUUAAGGAUUCCCCUGAAUUCCAAUCUCUCAAGGAAUCCAUCCAGGCUCAGUUGUUUGAAAUUAACGGUCAGAUAGGCACAUUACAACAAUUUACAUCUUCUUUACAAAACUCUCUUCAGACUGGUCAAAUAAGGACGAAGGUUGUGGAGAACGUCAUUAAGAGAGCUUCCACUAAUAUCCAUAAUGUGAAUUCAUUGAUGAAACAAUGUAAUGACGUCGUACAGAGGAUUGAUUCUUUAGAUCCUAAUGAGCUGGAUAAAGUUCAAAUCAUCCAAAGGGAAAAGUUGGUCAGGGAUGUCAGAUACUCCAUUAAUGAGUUUCAGGAAACACAGAAAGAAUACACUCAGCUAGUUAAGUCCAUUAAUGAUAAAAAUAAGAGUGCAUUGUUGCAAGAUCAAUCCGUGAAAAAUUAUACGGAUGAUGAUUCGAAUAAAGCAGCUUUGUCACAGGAACAAGAUAGACAGGAACAAUUACAGCAACAGCAACAGCAACAUGUAGAAAUCAUAAGAGAACCAAUAAAUAAUGAAGAAUUUGCAUACCAACAGAAUCUUAUACAGGAACGUGAUAGAGAAAUUACCAAUAUUGAACAAGGUAUAACAGAAUUAAAUGAAAUUUUCAAAGAUUUGGGUGCUGUGGUUCAACAGCAAGGGUUGAUGGUGGAUAAUAUAGAAGCUAAUCUUUACUCCGUGCAUGAUAAUACCCAAAUGGCGUCGAAAGAGUUAAAUAGGGCUAGAAGAUCCCAAAAGGUUUCCACGAAAUGGUGCUUGUAUUUGCUCGUAGCACUAAGUGUCAUGUUAUUCUUUCUCAUUCUAGUAGUCUUUAUUUAA